UAGCCCAAACUCAUUACUUCUUUUGGCUCUAUGGAAGAGGCAAGUGCUUCAGCUGCUUGUAGCGACAUUACAGGAGGGGGCUAUAGAGGUCUGGUCUGAAGCAUUUUGUAUAGAGAGAAGGUGAAAUGUUUGUCACAGUGCUGUUUGGAGAGGCCCAAACAGAACUGUUUAACCUGAACUGCAGGAUGAUAAACUUCAUCCACAGUUUGAAGGAGAGGUGUGAUCUGGAUCCUCAAGACUGUGUGGACCUGAUGGACAGGACAGGGGAGCUGGUGAACCUGAGUGACAAGGAGGAGAGCAUGGAGCAGGCCAGCAGUCUGAUGAAGAAGAGGCACAGCUACGUUCUCAUACGCAUCUGCAAAGGUGACAGGACUGAAGGGCAGAAGUAUGUGCCACUCUUAAAUGACCUGGACAAGAGCCAUCCUGAGUUAGUAGAGGUCCUAAAGAAGCUGUCCAACCCCUGUAAGGAGCGGGACAGAAAGGGUGGUCCGUCAAGGAAAGGCUCUGUUAACCAGACCUGGAGCAAGGCCACCGCUGGAAACAAGAAGAGCCAUUCUGGAAAACUUUGACUAUGAUGAGAGGAGAGGAGGAAAGGUGAAAAUUAUGGUGAUGGACAUGCAUGAAUAAAAUGAUGUGAUCCACAUACUAAUACAGUAAAUGUGUUGUUGCUGUGGUUCUCUUCACUCCGAUUUUUUUAACAAAGGUACAUUUAGGUUGAUAAAUUAACAUUCCAACAUAUCCCAACUGGUAAUGUAAGAAUGUUACAUGUCUGCUGUGCAUACUAGAGGCUGGUAUAGGCCCAGAAACGUUUUGUACUCAUAUAGUACUAUUUGUGAGAAUUAGGCUAUAUGGACCACUUAUUAAAUGCAUAAAUCUACUUAUCCAUGUACUCACAACAAUGAAUGAAGUUAAAAUAAAAUACAACAAUUGUUGAACAACUAGUAAAGGUAGCAUAUAUAUUUGUAGAUACAGUGCCUAGUCUUAUACCACAUAGUUUUCUAUACAAUACAAGCUAUGUCUAUACUGUACCUGACCUGUCAUAGACUUCCUAACUGUAGUCAGUGUAAAGCAUGACUCAUGAUGAUAAAUGACAGAGAAACGUGAUAGAAUCGGACAGGUUGCAUAACCGCAGCAAAAGUAAAUAUAUGACUGUUUAUUUUGCCCAAUAGACGACGGGGUGGGCUUACUGGGCUAUCGGGUUCACUAACAGAAGCACAAGGCUUGGACAGUGGAACUUGUACAGAACGAGCCUCACAAUGUCGGGGUCUGAGUUUGAAUCUUUGGAGAAGACACUGGAGACACAUAUUCCAGAUGAGGAAUUGAAAGAAGUGAAACGAAUCUUGUUUGGAAAAGAAACCAAGUGAGUUGUUGUUGAAUUCUGCGCUCGGCCCUAUCAGGCUGCAGAAGUCUCCUUGUCUGUAUGCUGAGCCUGGUCUCAUAGACUAGACGUAACAUAGUAAAAGUAAAUCCAGGGCAUGCAAAUUAGUAUGAUAUGUAAAGUUUGGUACGGUUACAUGAGACAGAAGGUUACUUAAGGCAAAAACGAAAGGAGAGUGGUUGGUCGGGGUGGAUGGGUGAGCGCAGUGCAUAAUUUGAGACAGAUCCUGGCAGAACAGGAUCCUGCACCUCUCCGUUUUGCACUGUUUCAUUCCGCAAACCCAUUUGUCAAGAUCUGGUAUCUCUAUUGCCAUAAAAAAUAAUUGUCACUGUUUGCAAUGUAAAAAUUAUAAUAAAAGCAAUCAGAGUUCAUUCAA